AUGCCGCCACCACCGCCGCCGCCGCCACCACCGCCACCGCCGCCACCACCGCCACCGCCUCCUGGGAAUCUGCCACCACUAGCUGCGAACAAUCCUGAAAGAAAUGCAUUGUUAAACGACAUUCAUAAAGGAUUGAAACUAAAGAAAACGGUGACUAAUGAUCGUUCAAGCCCACUUGUUGGCAAAGUUGUCGGCUCGUCAAACAAUCAGCAGAACAAUAAACCCGGACCAGCGUCGGCGGCACCAUCGAAACCAGCAAUGAGCGGUGGAUUAGGUGGACUUUUCGCUAAUGGGCUUCCUUCAAAGCCAAGCGAAAACAAAAUACGACGAGCUAAUACAAAUAUAGGUCCACCGCCAUCUGCCUCAGCUGCUCCUCCUCCACCGCCACCUCCGGCAGCACCGCCCGCACCAGCUGUAGAAGGAAGAAAACCAAUAAUAUUUUCUUCUUCAAUUGCAUCUAGCCCUUCUUCCUCAAUUGCCUCUUCGAAACCAACGCCUCCACCUCCGCCACCAGCACAGCAAUCGAAACCAUCGGUUGAACGGGAACAAUUCCGAACAAUGCGGCCGCUCCGUCAAAACACAAUUGCGACGCCAAUGUUGCGAAGAAGUGGAAGCUCUGAGGAAAUUAUGCCUAGCAAUCGAAUGCCUCGUCCUGGAGUUCCGCCGCCGGCUCGGCCUGCCGCUCCGCCUCCACCACCACCUCCAAUUGCAGCCCCAAUUAGUAACAUCAAAAGAAGUGAUGAGGCACCGGCGCCACCACCUCCUCCAAGAAUGGCUUCGAAAACCGCGCCGCCACCAGUGAAGCCAUCGUUCCCGCCGGUUCCAUCCAUGCCAGCUCAGUCAACUGUUACAAUAACAUCGACCACGCAAUUUCAUCCGCUUAAUAGAUUUCAUUUUCUGACAUUGGAUCAAUUGCCGCCACCUCCAAUAUCCGGAAGUCGAGCAUAG